AUGGGUAAAGCCACAGGAGUGUUCGUCUUUUGCGUCGCUGCAGUAGCCAUGAUCGUGGUCAGCGAAGUACCAGUUCCCACGGACGCGUUCCUAGAGCCGUUCGCCAGUCACUUGAUUGCGAAAAAAAUGAUGCUCAAACACGGAUUUGCCGCACCUUCAGCACCGACCGGCCAGACGACGCAGUACAUCUAUUACGGCGGGCAAUAUCAACACCAGCCGCGGCCGUCACCGCCCCAGCCACAAGUCAGCUACCCGGCUUACGGUCCGCAAACGUCCAGCUACCCGUCGUACGGUCCACCGGCAGCCAGUUACAGCGGAUACAGCGAACAGUCCGCGCCCUACGUCAAACCGGCACCGGCGUAUGGUCCGCAAACGUCCAGCUACCCGUCGUACGGUCCACCGGCGGCCAGUUACAGCGAACAGCCCGCGCCCGUCGUCAAACCGGCACCGUCAUAUGGCUCGGUCACUUACGUUGGAUACAACGAACAGCCCGCACCCGUCGUUAUCAAACCAGCACCGUCAUACGGUCCACCAGCCAGUUACAGCGGGUACAGCGAACAGCCCGCGCCCGUCGUCAAACCGGCACCGUCAUACGGCUCGGUCACUUACGUCGGAUACAGCGAACAGCCCGCACCCGUCGUCAUCAAACCAGCACCGUCGUACGGUCCACCGCCUACCAGUUACAGCGGAUACAACGAACAGCCCGCGCCCGUCGUCAAACCGACGCCGGCUCCGCCUGCAUGUCCACCUGGCAGCCAGCCGGCAGCACAAGUCGACUUCUCCAACUAUGCCGUACACGGUGGACACGGUUACGGAAAAUAA